AUGGCGUCGAGAGAUGAGCAUGCUGCUACCGAAGUUUUAAGAUCAUUGGCCCGAUAUCUGAACUGCCUCAAUGAGGACAACAAAAGUACGAGGAAACGAGCGCUUGAGUCCAUCAAAAGAGAAACAAUCGACAAAGGACUUUCUAGCGCUGUGCUACAAGAGAUUUUCACACAUCUGCUGAAGCCUCUGUUGAAAUGCCUGUCAGAUCCGAUGGAGAGAUGUAGGGAAAUUGCUAUCCAGAUGAUUGGAGAAUUUAUCCGAUGUGUACCGAAACCGGAGGAUUCCUUGCCUUAUCUUAUGCCUUCUAUAGCUCAACGACUCGGUGGUAAAGACAUAGUUGAACCGGCUGAAGAAUUGCGGCUUUCCAUGAUGGAAGUUCUGUCCUUGAUUGUGGAGGUUUGUGGGAGGCAGUUGGCUCCGUACCUGGACGAUAUGAUAAAAAUUCUCCAAAGAACGAUCGUUGAUCCUUUUCCAGAUGUUAAGAAGGAAAGCUGUAAAUGUACGGUCAGUUUCGCCAAAAAUGUUCCAGAACAUUUCCAUAUGCAGGCAGAAAGCCUGGUGAAGCCUCUGAUGCAGACAAUUUCUCAUCAGCACUCGCGCGUUCGUACGGCAGUGACGGAGGCCACGGGCGCAGUCAUACAAUACGGCACAGGCAAGAACCUGGACGAUGUUCUGUCUCAUCUCGCACAGAGACUGUUUGAUGACUCGCCGCAGGUGAGAAAAGCUGUGACAGUGGUUGUUGGUGAUUGGCUCCUUCAUCUGCGAGAUCGCUACUCUUACUUCCACAAGCUCCUCCCACUCCUACUGAGCAGCCUGAGUGAUGAAAUCCCUGAGAUAAGGACUCUGGCAGCUGAGCUGUGGAGGCAGGUUGGAUCCCAGUGGGAGAGGGAGAACGAGGACGAUUUGAAAGACAAAAUGGACUUCCUCACCUCCCCACCCCUGCGCUACCCUCCCGGAGUGGAGAGGCCUAGUCUGGGCUGUAGGGAGUUGGUGGUGAGGAAUUUGUCCAAGCUGAUGCCUGCGGUGAGCAGGGACAUGGGAGACUGGUUGGUGGGCACGCGGGUGAAAACUGCGCAGCUUCUGACGGUUUUGCUACUGCAUGCGGAGGACCACAGCACGCAGCACAUGCAGCUGCUCCUCAGCACCCUCUACCACGGCUGCGCAGACACGGAAGCCGACGUCGUCGCACACUGUCUGGAGUCGUCCAAACUCCUGGGAACCUUCGUCGACCCCGAAGUCUUUCUCAAGCUGCAGCUUGCCCACGUAGAGAACUCUUCAUCAUCGUCAUCCUCCUCAGCCUGGACUCGUCUCAUGGUGCUGGCGGGCGUGUUACGGGGCUGCUCCAGAGAUGCCCUGCGGCCUCAUCUCGUCAAGAUCGCCGACAUGCUCGCCCACCCCGACGUCUGUCAGGACUCCCUGCAGAGGGUGUAUCUGGAGCAGUUGCUGGCGUGUGUAGACGCUCUGCUGUGUGUGUGUGAGUCCGACUGUGCCACCAUCAGUCUACAGCUGCUUAAAGUUCUGGUUACCGUGGAGAGCCUGUCUGCUGAACAAGAGCUACGGGACAACGUGGAGGUGUGUGUGAGGGGUGUGUGUAGCGUGCAGAGUUUGGCUGGAGUAACAGAGCUCUACAGGAAGCACAUGGCUGAGCUGCUUCAGUGGCUCUCAGACACCCAGUCCAGUUGGACCACUUACUCCAUCCAGAAAACCCAGUUAGAGGUCAUCAUUGUCCACUCAGGUCCAGUGGUAGGGGAGUUUCUCCCUGCUGUGUUGCCACUUUUGAAGAAUAUUCUGGAGCCCAGCAGAGAGCCAGAGCUCAGACUGCACAUAUUCACCAUGCUGGCCAAACUACUGCUUAACGCUUCACACACACUCGACUCUCAGGGGCGGUUCUGGGAGUAUCUGGAGCUCUUUCUGUCUGACUUGGUGUUACCUAACCUGGUUUGGCACGCGGGGCGCACAGCCGCUGCCAUUCGCACCGCUGCUCUCAGCUGCCUCGUAGCACUGCUAUAUGGAGGAGCUAUCUCACCUGAGCAGGUGUUGAGUGUGGAAGGCCGGUUGACUCCUCUCCUGUUGUCUGCUUUAGAAGAGGACUCUCAGCUCUCACGUUUAAUGGCCUGUAGAUCCAUCAGCUCCAUACUCACACACACAGCACGGAGACUGACACCAGACACACUCAACAAGAUAUACCCAGAGUUGCUGAAGCGUGUUGAUGACAGUAGUGAGGAGGUUAGGGCUGCAGCUCUCAAGGCUUUGAAGCUGUGGCUCUCUGCUCUGAGUAAAGACUACGACACACACACCUGUAAACCACACCUGGAAUUCCUCUUCCAGCAACUCCUGCUGUACCUGGACGACCCAGACACCAGCAUACAGGACACAGUGCUGGAGGUUCUGAAGGCUGGUAGUGCUGUCCACCCUAGUCUCCUGCAGCAGGAAGUGGAGGCUGUGAAAGAUAAACAGCGGAGCCCAGUCUACUGCAACCAGCUGCUGGAGCACAUACAUGCACUCAGUCAUACCUGA